AUGGGCUUCUUCACCGGCUUCGCCAGUGGCUUCGCCCUCACAACUUCAAUCCUCUUCAUCACCGUUCAAGUUCACCGCUCAAAUCGCAUCGAACAGCGCAAAGCCAUCAGCGCCCAGGUUGAGCAAAUCAACUGGCUGACCUCUUCCAUUGGCGCCUAUGACCGCCGCAAUCUACCGGCAGAUGUUCCACGGCGGCGCCGGGAAGAGCUUGCGGCUCAAAGCCCCUCAGUGCCAACCAUGAAAGAUAUUUUGAAACAGAAGUGGAACACGGAACUUGAGGUCUUGACGCGCAAGGCUUAUGAGACGAAGUGGGAGGAUGUGCGAGAUGCUGCCACCGAAGGCUGGAAAGCUGCUGCCCGUGUGGUUAAGCGGGAUUAA